AUGGCCGUCGAAACCGUAGAGCUCGAGCAUGUGCCGUCGUCGUACCGAAUCUACCUCGCCCUCUUCCGCAAUGUGAAAAACGCCGCCUUCUUGCAUCAGCAGCUCCUCGCGCGCAACGCCGGGUUCGAAUAUGCCUUUAUCGAUGCUUCGACGAUCGUCUCGCGCAUCCAUCUUCUUUCGGCCGUCUUCAAGGCAGUGAACAGCUCAGUGAACGGGGCGCUACGAACGCCAAACGUCCAUUCAGAAACAGUCGUAUCGCUAAGUUCCUCAAGUAAUAUUGCCGACGCAUAUCGACGCUUCGGCGUUUCGCCGUCCACCACCGAUCUAUUCGUCGUCAAGAUUGCGUUUCCGAGCGACAGCAACCCCGUACCUCCAUCCGCCGACGCUAUUUCGCAGCAUCUCACAGACAACGUCGAGGGAGAUGCCGUACCCGCUACCGACGACACUAUCGAGACGAUUACAGACGUUCGCACUGUUCGCAAGAGCUAUAAGCUCAACGGUCUGGCGUGGUUGGACAAUAUCAAGGACGAAUUGGUGAAGCGCAAAGAAAUUGAAAGGCUUGUUCUUGGGGGCAUGGCACUACGGGGCGUAUGA